AUGUCUCUGCCCUGUGUAGAAGUCGCGGAUGCUCCCGCCACCGAGGCCUUUCUUGCGAACCCAAAGGAUGUCAGUCUCGUCCAGCCGGCGUUGGAUAUUUUGAAAAAAUCUCCGGGGAUUAUCAAGGUCUACUACGGCCUGCAGACCGAAGAGAGGAAGCACGGUUACGUCUUCAAUGGCGAGUACAUCUGGGAGAAGCUGCAGGAUCAUCGCAAUCUCCAAGCAGAGCCGGAGAUCUAUCCUGAGCUCGGGAAACAAUGCAGUCGUUUCUUCACGCAGCGAUCAGAGAUGGUCCAUAUCAACCCCACAGCAGACCCCUUUAAGGCGAUAGGCUCGCCUGCAACCGAAGUAGCAAGCAUCAGCCUCAAGGCUGGGCAGUCGAAGGAGGUGCUGGAGCAGCAAGUGGGUUUACUGGCCGCGACUGUUAAUGGCCUCCCCGAGCAUUGGGGCGCAAUCUCUGCUGUCUGGGGCCCUACGGUCGAGCGAGACGAUACCUUCGGACUGAUCAUCGGCUGGACAUCUGUGGAUGCUCAUUGGAAUACCGUUAAAACUGUCCCGGAGCUCAUCCAGCUGCUGAAGGAGAUCCGUGAAAUUGCGGACAUUUCUCUUAUCCAUGCCGAAUUGACUGAAUACUGA